AUGGCAAAUAUACAUGAAAACGUCCAGAAUUAUUAUGGUGUAGAACUACAAAAAUCAACUGAUUCAAAAACAGAUGUUUGUUGUUCAAAGGCUGAUGUACCUUCUUUUAUCAAAGAUAUUCUAAAAAAGAUUCAUCCAGAGGUUGUAGCAAAAUAUUAUGGAUGUGGUUUAGUCUUCCCACCAAAACUUGAAGGUUGUCGUGUAUUAGAUCUUGGAUCUGGAGCAGGUCGUGAUGUUUAUAUUUUAUCAAGUCUUGUUGGAGCUCAAGGAUAUGUUGUUGGUGUUGAUAUGACUAAAGAACAACUUGAUGUUGCUAAUCGUUUUAUUGAUUAUCAUACAAAAGCAUUUGGUUUUGAAAAAGCCAAUGUUGAAUUUCGUUUGGGUAAAAUUGAACAGCUUACUGAUGAUUCUGGAAUGAAAACUAAUUCAUUUGAUGUUAUUGUAUCAAAUUGUGUUGUUAAUUUAACUCCUGAUAAGAAGAAAGUUUUACAACAAGUAUAUGAAAUGUUAAAACCUGGAGGUGAAUUUUACUUCAGUGAUAUGUAUGCUGAUCGACCGAUUCCGAAAGAAUUACAUAGCAAUAAAAUUCUUUGGGAUGAAGAUUCUACCAUAUUUGAUAAUAAAUAUGGUGCUUUGGUAACUUAUGUAACACCAAUGACUUAUUGUGAAAAUGAAUUUCAAUUCGAUCAAUCAAUUACAUUAAAACUUCAUGAUCAACCUCAAUAUUUUAAUGCUGAAUUGAUCAACAUGUUGCGCAUAUCGAGAUAUAGUGAUAAUUUUAAAAUUGAUCCAAUUAUUAAUGAAAAGGAAAUACCAGAUUUAACUAAUCAAAGGUCAGUCAAUGAAGUGUCAAAUGGCCAACUAUCAUCCAAUAGUUCUUCUCUAUAA